CGGACCCUGAGGAACAACAAAUUUUGACGAGUUUUCCGCCAAAAAACUCGGUUUCAAUUGCGUUAAAAAAAAAAAAUGUCCGUUUUGGCGAAAUGGCAGUUGUCGAGCUUUCGGUGUGCCUGGUCGGGGUGCGGAUCAUGUGGACAAGGGACGAAGACCAUCGCGAGUGGAGCGAGUACCUAGAGUGGCUGAUUAUCCAAGCCUGGCGAACGGAUGUGGAGGGCGAUCUUCUCGGAUUCCUGUUUGGAUCGGUGCGGCCUAGUCAUCGCCAGCCAAUCGUCCUAGAACUUACAGCCCCACUCGCGCAAUUGGCCGACGAUCUUCCCUUGGAGAUUGUCUCACAAAGUGACGAGAGCCCGGUCCCGCACGUUCUCACGCGGGCCUUGAUACCGUAUCUUCAGUGGUCAGCGUGCCUGGAGGAACCGGGAAACGACUGCAAUCCGCCAUCACAGCGAGACUAUCUGAGCCCACGAGAGAUCAUCGAUCCCGCCUACUUUCGAGAUCGAACGGCCACGGAAGAUGAGGCAAUAGCGGUUGAAGAAGAAGAAGAAGAGGAGGGGGACGUCGGGGAAGAAACUCCAGAAGAGGGGAGUUACAGUGAGCACAGCGAAGGGGAGCAAAGUGAGGAGGAAGAAGAAGAACAAGACGACGAAGAGGAGGAGCUAGAAUUGGAGGAGUCGGAGUGGGAGAUCUCCGCGGAGGAAGGAGAGUAAGCGGGCGCACACGCGGAAGACCCUGAGGCGGCACGCAAGAGAGAAGAGAUCGCGGCCGGAAAAUGACAGCUGAAAUUCGCCAACAGAGCCAA